AUGGAAGGCUGCCGUCGGAGCCGUCGCAUCCAAGUGAGACGAUCAAAGAGUUGUGUCGAUUUGCGCAAUCUUUUUGACAGCCGUCCAUCAACGCCCACAGAUACUACUGAAAAUGAGAGCAGCGACAGUAGCAACGACAACAAAGAUGCCUUGAACAACCAAGAUUUCUCAGACAAUGCAGAUCCUUGGGAAGCCUUCCUGUCGUCCUUGCAAGAAACGAUUGGCUGUCGUCCGAGAAAGAAAGGAACUCCUCUUUUUGAUUUCGUGGCUGAUGGCAAUGAUAAGCUGUCCUUUGGAUGGCUUCGCAAUGCGCUGAUCACUGAUGACUCCGAGUCGCCCAGACUUCUGGAGAGCGAAAAGAAGAUGAUGGUGUUUAUUUUCAUGAGUCUUUCUGGAGUUGGCAGAGGCGAGGACGGGUCCUCUCCAACUGAAGUCCUAUCCUUUGCAUGGGGCAUGUCAAAACCGGCAAUUCGAAGGGCAUGUUCCUCAGUGCUGGGCAAUGAGUUUCUCUCUUGGCUCACUUCAGCUGAUAGCAGCACUGAAAUCUCCGAUGAAGACAACAAAAAGCGGCCCGUCCGAUCAGAUCCAAGCGAGCAAUCCACAGCCCAGGUUUUCUCACCAGCAUUGGUUGACCGUAAUCCAAAGCGUCAAGAUGUCAGAGCUACGCCAUCAGUUUUCAUAGCAGCUGGCCAAUUUGCAUCGCCCGACAGCACCCUAUCCCCAGCUCAGAGUACAUGCUCUCCUGUCACUUAUGAAUUUUCGUCGCCAACACUUCCAUCCCGCCAAAAUGCAAGCAAUGAAUGGGAGCAAGAAAACAACAGAACACGUCUUGAUUUUAAUCUGGCUCACAAGGUCCAUACAACAACACAGACUGACGAUUCACGGCUAGAUGAUUUGCUGCUCGGCAAGAUCCAGCUCCUUGCUGAUAUCGAAGAUGAUGGCAUUGGCAGAGAGGCCGAAGAGGCAAUCUGCCGGGCUGUUGGUUUCCUUUUGAAAAGGAAACGAGACUCUCUCAUUCAAUAUGAGGCUGAGGCUGACAACGAACAUGAAAGUGGUAGCGAUGGCUGCAACAACUUGCCCAGAAUCAUGAGAGCUGCGUUGGAGGCAUCCGCUGAAUUCAUCACACUGCGAUCCUCUAAUGGGAAUCCUAUAAAGAUAAUGCGAAUCAAAGAGACGAGACAAGGUGCUGGGGACAAGAAAGGAAGAAAGCUUCGAGCCAAGGGUCAUCUUGUGGAGGCUCUGUUGUCGAACCUUGGUGUCACAGAGGAGGAAUCGCUGUCACUUCUACAAACGCUUGGGAACCGAAGAGGCCUUCGAGUGUUGAAAGAGAUUGACUGUGGAUUGGAUAUUGCACAAUGCGCAGCUCUAAUGCUGUACUUGCCCGUGACAGCCAGAGGCUUGGAACGGUUGCAACGAUUCAUGAAAUGGGCUUUACCUUCGAUUGGCCCAUCGAUGUUCCCAGUCUCAUUGAGGAAGAAUAUUGCGAAAUACUCAAUGGAUGUGUUCAAUUUGAAGCUUGGCUUUGAGUUGGUCUCACUCGAAAUUGGUGGGAGCACGCGCAACGAAAGAUGUUUACAUGUCUGGAUAAAGGAGCCUGCAAUUGCCGUGGAGCGUCUUACCCAGAGUGCUUUGAUUGCUGGCAAAUUCGAAGAGUCUUCGCUGUUUUCAAAUCACAAGGAAGAGGUUGUCAUUGUCCAAGGCUCCGAUCGUGGUGGAGAUAUUACAGCGAACCUUAUCCGCUUGGCCAACAGAUGUGGAGGCAAUAGUUCGCAGCACUGCCUUCCUCUUUCGUUUUAUGAGUAUGGCAAAGAAUCCUAUUUCAACCUCAAGGCAACAAUUUUCAAUCCCCACAAACCAACUCGAGAGUUCCUCCAAUCGAUGCUCAACAAAGAGUAUCAAAUGAUUGCUGUAACAAUCCACAACGGGAGCUCUGGUGCAGUUGUUGGCGCUCAAUGCAAAAUGCUCCGAUUCCUUCAACCAGAAGGCAGCUCUGGCCAGCUUUCAGUUAUUCUCCACCAAGACGAGGCUGAAGCCGACAAUAUUUCAAUUGAAGAGGAGGGGUCGUUGCCUCGGUCAGUCCGAAUCGUUACUUUGGAAGAAGAGGGGUCUCUCACACUGGACCAAGAUCCUACUCGAAUUUCACUUCAACUGGUUGUGUCAAGCGCAGAAGAACCUAUAUCUAAUGAUGACGACGACAACGCGAACGAAGGAGCCAUUAUUUAUAAAGGCUUCGUUUUGAGGAACUGCUUCGGUCGAGAGAUCAGUCGGAAUUCUUUCACUGAUGAUUUGGUUGCUGCUUCCGGUAACACGUCCAGGGUACGAUACUUGCAAUGCCGGUGCUUCACAUCAGAUGAUAUAAAGUGCAACACAACACUCAUGGGGCAAGGUACUGCCGCUGUAAUGUGCCCUUGCACAAUCUGCAUCGCACGAAAGAAAGAAUUUGCAUCGUAUCUGACGGCGCCUCCGAAUGAGCAAGCUCCGAAUCGAGAGGGAGAUCUCGCAAACCCAAAUGUCUAUGAGGCCUUUAUAGCAGAUGCAAAGGGAUUGGUUGAAUGGGUGAGGUUGAAUUCGGCAGGACGAGCCAGAGCACUGAAACUCAAAUACCACAGCGUUGUCCAUGAGCCGCUGCUGUACACGAUGCCAGAGUUAAACUCUUGCUCAGGAAUGCAUGUCUCGAGUGGGCUGUUGACGCAUUGCACGCUGAAGGUGUUGGAAUAUUUGGGCGAGCUUGACAAAUCGACGCCGUGGCUGAUGGAGUUGACCGACAUGGUUGAGGAGGCGAAGCAGUACGUGCGAACAGCUACCGACAGUACAGAGAAGCUCCGAAAGACGGAUGCAAAGAUAGCUCGAGAUAUCAAGGCGGCAGCAUCAAUGGCACCCAUGAUGGUCAAACAGCUGCAAGCAGAGCGCGAAACGAUUUCAUCCAAGUUGCGGGCCGAGACCAAAGCAAGAGAUGCAGCCAAACUCUUCAUUGAAAAAGGAA